CCCUCGCUCUCACCGCCUUCCCCGCUUCCACCCCCGUCCCGCCCGACGUCGGUCUCGCUAUCUGUUCGGUGCUGAGGCCGUUGUCGCUCUCUGACGAAAUCUACGCUCUUUACUCUGUCAUUCUUUUGGAUUACCCUCAUUUUCUAUUGACUCUCCACUCUGGUCGGCCGACGUCUACCGCAAGGUUUAUUUAUCACGCUAUAAGGCUAAGGCAUGGCUUCGGAAAAUGGUCAACUCGUGAAGAAGGCGCGUAUGCUGCGGCAUUCGCAGCGUAAUGUGCCGAAUAUUCUUAAAGCGAGGUUUUCGCCGAUCCGUCCGACGACGACUGAUCCGCUUGCGCCUACAACGACUCCGGCGGCUGCUUCAAACCCUCCUGCGCAGACCGUUACUAGUGCUACUCCGAAUCCAGUUCCGCCAGUAGCGACCACUCAACCAGUGGUCCCGCCGUCAGCAACAUUGGUGACGCCGCCGGUCUUGACUACUUCGCCAUCAGCUAUCGCUAUUACACCGUCAACCACCCUAACGAUCGUUAGUACGACCAGUACGAUUCCAACAACCACGUCUCUGCUGACUCCCACGACGACUCCGUUAAUCACAACUCCAAGCUCGCAGACGACCGCUAUUGUUACAAGGACGCUUAGUACUAGUGCGCAUGACAUAGCUUCAAGUGCGGCUUCGGCAACGGCAACUUCGACUUCGUCCUCUGGAAUUAGCACGGCUGGCAUUAUCGGCAUAGCCGGAGCUGGUAUUGUUGGCGCUGCUGUGUUGGCAGGCCUUGCUAUGUUCUUUAUGCGCCGCAUGAACCGCAAGGAGGAUGAAUUUAACCCUCACGAGUUCAGGCGUCAGUCGGUAGUUCUAAAGGAUGACAACGCAUCUCUGCAUCGCGGAAGCAGCAAUGGUCAUGGGCCACGCCCUCCGACGAUGUUUGAACGUCAUCAUCAGAAUAUUACCGCCUUUGGUGUGCCUCCGCCCAAUGGCUAUCAGCCGCCAAUGCGGUCGUAUAGCGCACCCAAUGCAUAUAAUGAUCUCUCAGCAGUACAACCGCCGCCUUCUUUCGUGCCUGGUAUGUAUAUGCCGUCUUCCACUGCAUCGCAAGCUCCGCCGGCACAAUACGCAAAUGUGUCGCCAUUCUAUAACCCGUCAACUCAGUCGCCAGUAGGCUCUCCAGCGACAGUCACUUCCUACGGUGGAGCUGCUUUUGAUGCCCAGGGUGACGGUGUUGUUCGUGCACCAUCCAAUGCAGCGGCAUCAAUGUUGUCGCGCAAUAAUUCGCUGCAACAGUCUCAAUACCGUGCUGAGUCCGAUUAUGCAGAUCUCACUCGCGCAAGCGUGACGCCCUUCCAGGCGGCUCAAUACGAAGCAAUUUCAAGGCAACUGAAUAUUCUGCCACCCAAACCGCUUCAUCAGGUCACUGAGGCUGAAGAAGAAGAAGAAGCCCGCCGUGCAGUUAGAGAUAGCCUGCCUCUUCCAUUCCCUGAUGAACCUACUGCAAGGCCCUCGACGGAAGCGUCACCCUUCGCGGAUCCGCAUGUGGGCUCUUCUGUUCAAGACACGAAUCACGCUGCCGCGGAUGAAGAUGACGGACAGGUCAACUCAACGAUUCCUUCCAUGCUUGUACCCGGUGCGACGCCCUCGCCUCGCAUAACUUCUCAACCUCCGUCUCUCCCUGAGAUACGUAUGAUGAGCGGCUCAUUCUCGCCUGUGGCAUAUAGCUUCCCCGUAACAUCGUCACCACGCAAGGGCUCAUUCGACAUUCACAGCGGCCGUGCUUCUCCAAAGGUCGACUUACCUCCUCUCAGCCCGGUCACGACGUCCCCUCGACGCGCACAGUUUGUGGAGGGACUUGAAGCUCGCACACAUGAUGGCCAUGAGACUCCGGUCGAAAUCGACUUUGUUGCGGAUGAUAAGUCCUCUGCUAAGACGGAGGCUAAGCCCGAAUCUGCCAAGAUGAACGCUUCUCCCAAGCGUCCUGAGACUGUUUAUGACGAUGAAGACGCUUAUGGAGGCAUUUAAACAACAAAUCAGCUCAAUGUUCUAUGUGCAUGCAUGUUGCGCGUUGAACAUUGAGCGUGUGCUCCAAUUCUUGUGUACAAGUACCGUGUUACCGACAAUGAUCGCUGGGUGGGCCGGCUCCUGACCGAUUUAAACGAACUGAAAAACUUGUUCUUGGGCGUUGACCGCUGUGCGCUGGCUGGCUGCCGUAUUUGUUUGUUAUUUUGUGCCUUUGCGUUUGAUUGCUGUUUCUGUUCAUCGGGCUUUUCUUGUGCUGUUGAUGAGUUAUACCUUACCUGUCCGUCCCCUUUACGUUCCACCCACCCCGUGUUACUUCGCAUGCAUUCUUUUCGCCCAGACAGGUUGCGGGCCACCUCCCGCAUAUACCUCUUAUCCGUCAUGAUACACGCUGUCCCAACUCUUGAAUCUUGACCCUGUUUCAAGUGUCGGUGUCGUGAUUUGCUAUUGAGUUACUUAUCUCUGGAAGCUUUCGUGUGCUUCUUUUCCCUCCUCUUCUUUUUGAAGUUUUUGUUGUGUAUGUGUCGUUGGUAUGCUUUUUUUGCUUUGUGACAACUUGGGCGCCAUUGUGUUUUCUUAUGUUCAUUUUCUGUUUCCAAGGAAAUAUAGGAUUUCUCUUUUCUGCGUUUGUAUUGGAUGCUUGGUUGAGGGGGGGACGAAUUGCGGAAUUGAAUGUGAUGUGCAAGGCUUCGAGCAUGGGAGUUUGUACUGAAUUAACCCGGUAUCACGGUUCGAUGAUUGUGGCACACCACAGAGACCACACAAUCACCAGCAUGAUCACAUUCGCGUCUUCAAAUAGGAGCUACAUCACUCGAUACCCUCCUCAAACUUAGUGUAAACUCUCAUGUGUGCUGAGCCAUCUUCCAACAAAUGAAUGGUUCCUACCUUCCUUUCGGACGGAGUGAUCCGACGAAUAGACGUCGAGCGGAGUCCCGUGUCAUCGUGUGUAAUGCUAACUGUAUUAAUGUGUAAUGUAAUGUGUUUCUGUUUCAA